AUGAGUGGUUUCAAAGUGCUGCAGAAUAAUGGGCUGGAACAUGACAGUUUGGGGCAAACGAGCUCAGGCGAACGAGCUCAGGCGAACGUGCUCAGGCGAACGUGCUCAGGCGAACGUGCUCAGGCGAACGUGCUCAGGCAAACGAGCUCAGGCGAACGAGCUCAGGCGAACGUGCUCAGGCGAACGUGCUCAGGCGAACGUGCUCAGGCGAACGUGCUCAGGCAAACGAGCUCAGGCGAACGAGCUCAGGCGAACGAGCUCAGGCGAACGUGCUCAGGCGAACGUGCUCAGGCGAACGUGCUCAGGCGAACGUGCUCAGGCGAACGAGCUCAGGCGAACGAGCUCAGGCGAACGAGCUCAGGCGAACGUGCUCAGGCGAACGUGCUCAGGCGAAAGUGCUCAGGCGAACGUGCUCAGGCGAACGUGCUCAGGCGAACGUGCUCAGGCGAAAGUGCUCAGGCGAAAGUGCUCAGGCGAACGUGCUCAGGCGAACGUGCUCAGGCGAACGUGCUCAGGCGAACGUGCUCAGGCGAAAGUGCUCAGGCGAAAGUGCUCAGGCGAAAGUGCUCAGGCGAACGAGCUCAGGCGAACGAGCUCAGGCGAACGAGCUCAGGCGAACGUGCUCAGGCGAACGUGCUCAGGCGAAAGUGCUCAGGCGAACGUGCUCAGGCGAACGUGCUCAGGCGAACGUGCUCAGGCGAAAGUGCUCAGGCGAAAGUGCUCAGGCGAAAGUGCUCAGGCGAAAGUGCUCAGGCGAAAGUGCUCAGGCGAACGUGCUCAGGCGAACGUGCUCAGGCGAACGUGCUCAGGCGAAAGUGCUCAGGCGAAAGUGCUCAGGCGAACGUGCUCAGGCGAAAGUGCUCAGGCGAAAGUGCUCAGGCGAAAGUGCUCAGGCGAAAGUGCUCAGGCGAAAGUGCUCAGGCGAAAGUGCUCAGGCGAAAGUGCUCAGGCGAACGUGCUCAGGCGAACGUGCUCAGGCGAACGUGCUCAAGCGAACGUGCUCAGGCGAACGUGCUCAGGCGAAAGUGCUCAGGCGAACGUGCUCAGGCAAACGUGCUCAGGCGAAAGUGCUCAGGCGAACGUGCUCAGGCGAAAGUGCUCAGGCGAAAGUGCUCAGGCGAAAGUGCUCAGGCGAACGUGCUCAGGCGAACGUGCUCAGGCGAAAGUGCUCAGGCGAACGUGCUCAGGCGAACGUGCUCAGGCGAAAGUGCUCAGGCAAACGAGCUCAGGCGAACGUGCUCAGGCGAACGUGCUCAGGCGAACGUGCUCAGGCGAACGUGCUCAGGCGAAAGUGCUCAGGCGAACGUGCUCAGGCGAACGUGCUCAGGCGAAAGUGCUCAGGCGAACGUGCUCAGGCGAACGUGCUCAGGCGAAAGUGCUCAGGCGAACGUGCUCAGGCGAAAGUGCUCAGGCGAACGUGCUCAGGCGAACGUGCUCAGGCGAAAGUGCUCAGGCGAACGUGCUCAGGCAAACGAGCUCAGGCGAACGUGCUCAGGCGAACGUGCUCAGGCGAACGUGCUCAGGCGAACGUGCUCAGGCGAACGUGCUCAGGCGAAAGUGCUCAGGCGAAAGUGCUCAGGCGAAAGUGCUCAGGCGAACGUGCUCAGGCGAACGUGCUCAGGCGAACGUGCUCAGGCGAACGAGCUCAGGCGAACAAGCUCAGGCGAACGUGCUCAGGCGAACGUGCUCAGGCGAACGUGCUCAGGCGAACGUGCUCAGGCGAACGUGCUCAGGCGAACGAGCUCAGGCGAACAAGCUCAGGCGAACGUGCUCAAGCGAACGUGCUCAGGCGAACACGCUCAGGCGAACACGCUCAGGCGAACGUGCUCAGGCGAACGUGCUCAGGCGAACGUGCUCAGGCGAAAGUGCUCAGGCGAACGUGCUCAGGCGAACGUGCUCAGGCGAACGUGCUCAGGCGAACGUGCUCAGGCGAACGUGCUCAGGCGAAAGUGCUCAGGCGAACGUGCUCAGGCGAAAGUGCUCAGGCGAACGUGCUCAGGCGAACGUGCUCAGGCGAAAGUGCUCAGGCGAACGUGCUCAGGCGAACGAGCUCAGGCGAACGUGCUCAGGCGAACGUGCUCAGGCGAACGUGCUCAGGCGAACGUGCUCAGGCGAACGAGCUCAGGCGAACGUGCUCAAGCGAACGUGCUCAGGCGAACACGCUCAGGCGAACACGCUCAGGCGAACACGCUCAGGCGAACACGCUCAGGCGAACACGCUCAGGCGAACACGCUCAGGCGAACGUGCUCAGGCGCUGGUUUGGUGUCUGUGCAGCGCAGGUGA